AUGGUUUCUGCUGAUGUAAAUUAUAUCAUGAUUGGUUCCCUUUAUGAAAACAUCAACAUGACAAUAGAAGAAUGUCUCAAUAUAGGGAGACUUCGGCUGACAUCAUUCCAAGUAGCUUGUGUUCUUGGCGAGACGAUAAUUGCGUCUUUUCUAGUUACAGCAAAUCAAGCAAAUGUAAACAACACAUUUAUAAUAACUCCUAUAUUCUUAUCGUUAAAUUUUGAAUGUCAAGAUAUGCUGUUAAGGAUUAUGUCAACAUACAAAAUAGAUAACACAAUGUUCCAAACUGAGGUAACACCUUUGAUAUUCUCUGCAUUGGUCGAGAAUAAGAAUUUAAUGGCAUUUUUGUUGGACAACAACGCAAAUCCGGAAUGUUGUGUAUCACUCUCUUUAUUACAUGUCAUCGCACUAAAUAAAGAUAUUCUAAAAACAUUUGAAAAUAUUAAAAAAGGCCAUGAUUUUACGUUGGAAUGUACUAUCAAUGCACUUUUUAUUUGCUGCUUAAAAGACAAUACAGGCAUGAGUAACGCCUUGCUUCAAAAACAUACACGAACAUCAAGUAUUUUAGAAAUCACAGCGUUACAUGCAGUAUGUUUCAAAGGACUUGUAGAUCAUUUACGUCUUAUUUUCCAAAAUGAUUGUCACAUGAGUAGGCGUUUCUUUAUUCAAUCAAUUCACUUACUCAAUAUGUACAGUAACUACGAUGCUUAUGAAUACAUUGUUGAACGUUAUACCAAUUACAGUAAUACUUUAAAUUUACGAGUUACAUUUACCGAAUUAUCAUGCCUUAUUAAAGACAGUACGUUAUUUGCGUUUUUGAUCACACUCAGGUAUUAUGACGAUGAUGUAAUGGAAUUUACUCCUUUAUAUUUAUCGUUAUUCGUUGGAGACAAAAGAUCUAUUGUUAGAACUGAAAUUCCAAUAUUUUCGGAUCUAAGUUCAUGUAGCAUAAUAUCAAGAACGUUUAUUGUUAUUUGGACAUGGAUGACACAUGGUCUGUUGUCAAAUUCUUCACUUCUUACUUUUCCUGAUGAUUUACAUGAAAAACAACAUAUAAACGAUACAAGUUUGAUAUGUUUAUCAUCCUUUCAUACAAAUGCUUUCGAUGAUGAUCUAGCUUGCGAACUCGAAUUUUCAUUGCUACUGAACGAUGAUUUUGAAGUCCAUUUAUGUCAAAUUAUAGAUAUUGACUAUAUUUUUCAUGACACCGACGAUGAAGAAGUUAUGAACGCAUUUUUGUCACAUUCAGCUAUUUUAAAUAAAGAUGUUAAGAUAAACAUGACAUACCUAGCAUUACUUAGGGAUGAGCAAUUACAAUACCUGCUUAUGAACUCAUAUAGUGGCAUUGCAGUCGAUUUACUCCAAUUCACACAUUUAGAGAUAAGUUAUUUGGUAAACAAAAGGCUGCCUCAAUCUUUGUUAAAUAUCACCAAAACAACUGAUGAAAAAGCAACUGUUUCACAGCUUCUGGUCGCCUGUUUACACGAAAAUAAAUCGAAUGUAAAAUUUUUAUGCUCUCAAGGAAAAACCAUUCAGAAUAAUAGCAUGAAUGUGUUAGAUUUGGCGGCAUUUUUCUACAGAACGGAGAUGUUUGAUUCAGAUUUACCAAUAAUUGAAACAAUUAACAAUAAGGAUGUAAAUGUAACUUUUGAUGAACUACUUAUAGCAUGUUUGUUUGACGACGAUCAAAUAAUAAAAUAUCUGUUACAAAUCACCAUUGACGUAAAUGCGAGAUCAUGCAUUUCACCACUUCAUAUUUCAAUAAUGCGCAACAAGUCAUUGGUUCCUCUCGCGACGGAAUUUUUAGCUGCUAUUGAGGAUUCAAGAAGAGGACUUGAUUUGGAAUUUAUCAGCACUAAUCUAUGUUUACCAAUGGAGGUAAAUUUCGUUCAUUUGUUAUGUUUUCUACAUGAUGUAGAACUUCUAAGGAUUUUGGUUUGUAUGAAGUGUGAUAUACAUGCUAUUGCACGAGUAUCAACUUUAUUUCUUUACUGUUUACAAAUGCUUAAUAUUCAUAAUGUAAAAAAUGUAUUAAACGCAGUAUCGGAGAUGACACCGUUACACAUUGCUUGCAUAAUAGACGAUGCAGAUUUCGUAGAUUGCAUAUUAGAAAACACUUAUAACAUAAAUGUAUUUUGUUCAAUUCAUCCAUUACAUCUUGAUACAACAUACUCUAGGGGUAUAUCUGAAUUAAUAACAGAAGAGUCAUACUUUACAAUAACAGCUCUUCAUACUGCUAUUUUGUGCAAAAACACUGAUAUCGCCAAAACACUUAUUACAAACGAUGCAAAUACUGAGAGCACUGCAAAGUUAUUCAUAGAAAUAUGCAUCGGCACCGACACAUUAAUUUGUACUCAUUCAACACUUAAACCACUUCAUUUGGCAUGCUUGGUAGAAAAUGAAGUUAUUUUCAAGACUAUUUUGGCAAAAACAUCAAUUCAAAACUUAAAUGAGAAAGUAAAGAUGUCAUAUUGUCAUUUGUGCUACUUAAAUUUACCAGAGAGAGCGAUUUCAUCUGGAACAUUAAACCAUGAAAUAGAAAUGCGAAUAAAUAUCCUUCAUAUUGCCUGCAUAAUUGGAAAAAUAAUGUAUGCUGAACUGUUAUUGAACGCAAAUGUAGAAACUAAUUCAGAAGUAGAAAUUGUUCCGAUUCAUUCUGCAUUUCAAGCCGAAUUCAGUGUCAGAAAAUAUCCAUUGCACUUAUCAGCCGAAAAAGGGAAUUUCGAACUUUGCAAAUUGUUGCUGGGUCAUGGCGCUAACAUUGACGUUAAAACCAGCGUACUUGGACUUCGGCCUUGGCAUUUGGCGCUAUACCAUGGGUAUGCGGAUGUUUUGGACGUUUUACUUACCAACAGAAGAAGUACUUAUAUAGAUAAGUCAAGAUUUAUGUUUAUUUUUAUGUUGUACCUAAUGCGGAAACGUUUUAGUAGAGUCAUUUUGCCAUUCAUAGCAAAAUCAAGAAAAUGUCUUCUUCUUCUUUCUGUAUAUAGGUAUCUGAGAUAUGUUCUUUCAUUCCCUGUAAACAACCAAUGUGAUUAUGUGACUGACGAUAAAUAUGAUGAAUAUAGUGAACAUGCUUUAUAUCCCAUAUAUGAAAAUGAAUAUGAUGAACAUGAUGUAUAUAAUGAAUAUGAAAAUAUAUAAUAUAGAUUUAUUUGUCUAAUGAGGUAGAAGAAUGUCAGAACUGAGAUUUGUCAAUUGGAACAGAACGUGGUAGAAGCAAAAUAAGAUUUUUUUUGUCUUCACUUCCCAAAAGAAAGAUACGUUUGGUUAAAGUAUUAAUUGGAAGUAACGUUAUAGACUGUUCCUUUCAAAAUUUUAUUGUUUUUUUUUUUACUAAAAUAUUACCAUUUUACUCAUUUGUUUUUGGACAUAAGAGAUAUGAGCCAGAGCUUUACCAGAAAAGAUAUUUUUCACACAUUAACAUUUUUGUAAACAUCAAAAUAUCACACAUGGUAACCCCGUGCCUCUUAUCUUGAUAUCGGUUGCAAUGAUUUAAAAAUGAGGCUAUUUUGAUUGAUUGAUUGAUUGAUUGAUUGAUGUUAACGCCACUUUCAGGACUAUUGAGCUGUUUUGUGGCGCGCAGUUUUUAUUGCUUGAGGUAGCCAGAAUGCCCGGAAAGUACCACCGACAAUCCCAGUCAGUUAGGGUUGGAGCCCAGCAUAAAUGCCACAUGCAGGAUUCGAAUUCACAACCUCAGUGUUGACAGGCUAGUGAUACAGUAGUUUGACAAUUUAGACCACUCGGCCACCCAGGCUAUUUUGGAAUUCCUUAUGCAUGAAUGUAAGAGAAAAAUAAAAAAACAGCUAUCUGACAAACUAAUGAAAGAUGAACUACUUAAUUAUAAGGGAAUCAUUUGGUAGAUUUAUAAUGUAAUUUUGAUUUCAAGGGGCCAAAAAGUGGUCUUAUCAUACGAUAACAUCUUUCUUUUUACCUCAGCUUAAAAUAAUUGCUAGAGAAAAAACAAUGAAGGACGUACAUUUUGUCAAAAGACCUUAUUAAUCACAUUACUGAAAAAAAAUAUUUUAAUAACAAACUUCGCUUUAACUUAACACAAGUGCCUAGUUAUAAACUUAAAGUAGUAGUUUUUGUCGUUAGGGGAUACACAAAUAUAUCAUACCGGUAUGAUCUUUUAACAUGGCAUUAUGUUGGUUUACUUACAGGCAGGGUCAUCAAAAUAUUUAUCCUAUAAACCCGUUCUCGUCCUAAAUAUGCAUUUAAAUGCAUCAUCAUGUACCUUAAAUUUUUUUAAUUUAUUGCUUUAAAUAUUUCAGUUAAAAUACAUUUCUUUCAAAUGCUCUAUCGACAAUGAGGAUCCUUCCUAUCGUUCUGUUUUGGUUGUCUCUUGACAUUCGUUUCAAAAUGCAAUAUCCAUUCAUUAUUUGAGAUCCUUUUUAGCGACUUUCGAUUAAAAAUAGUCUUUCAUAUACUGCUUCCAAAAGGUACAAGUUAAAUAUCGUCUUCUAUUGCUUCUCAAUUUUCAAAUUUAUCUCCGUGAAAAGUUUUUUUUAUCAUAUUAGAAUAUUGUGUAUACAAAUAGGUUUCGUGUGAUGUGCAACAUUAAAACAAAUGCACUGUAUCUUAUGUAUGAAAUAUUGGUCCUUUACUUAAACUUAAGAUUAUAUGUAUAUGUCUAUAAAAUUACAUAAAAUGUUGUUCUGCUUUGUAUUCCUUAGCCCAUUGUGGUUUUCAUUUUGCAAUUGAGUUAUUAUGCAUGUCACUAUCAUUUUAAGUUUUUUCUGGAAAAUACAUGCAUCAUUUCAAGUUUUAUAGUGUGUCAUUAAUUAU